AUGCCUUCUAUUCACAACCUCAAGGUCCGCAGCCUCAUUGGCGAGCGCGAGGAUCAGGACGUCGCCACCGGCGCUGGCGACAAUGUCCUUGAUUACAUGAUCAUUGUCCUUGGACUCGUUUUCGUUGGCCUGCUCCUGGCCAUGGUCCUCUUCAUUAUCCGCAGGAAACGGCAAUCAAUGACCCGCGCUGAGAUGCUCCCUGACUACCAUGAAGUCAAGGGUGUGCGCAACCACCAGAAUCUCACCAUCAAGACGACGCAGAACGGUCGCUCCUCCGUGCUCGUUAUCAGCAAGGACGGCCAGCCCAUGCUGUCAAACCCCAACUCACCCCCUUACUCUCCCGACAACGUUCCCGAGAUCCACAUCACUUUCCCUGAUGAGCAGGACGAAGCCGGCCAGCGCAAGAAUGGUCGCGUCCUUGUCGUCCGCGUCGGUGAUGGCGGCGUUGUCGGCCUGGAGCCCGUUCGCGAAGAGCAGCUGCCUGCCUACGAGAAAGAGAACAAGUCGCAGUUCUACUCCAUUGAUAUGGAUCAGAUCGGCGGCUUGAAGGAGAAGGAGUACCGCUGAACCCCAAGCAGUCUACUCCUCUCCUAACAGAGAUCAACCGACCAACCCUGCACAAAGCCCAUUUUCUCUGCGUUCUCCACCCCCGGCAUGGCGUUUUUCCAACGACACGUACAAAAGGCUCUCUUACAUAUAUACCCUCUUCGCCCACGACUUGCACAAACACAUAGCCUUUCUCUCUACUUACUACCCCUGCACGACGACGACGGAGUUACGUCACGUGCGGCGCGAGCGAGAUUCAUAGGGGCUGUUCAAUCCAGGCAUGGGACGCGGCGCUCGACCACGUAUAUAUCUGCAUGGCCGCCUCCCUUUUUUUCACGAUUUUCUUCUCUGGGUAUUUACAUCCAGCACUGGAGACAGUGAUGAUGGGGGUGGGGCCGCAUGUUGGGCUGUAGAAUACUUGUACAUUCUCGUGCUGUAUAAUUACCUCAACAAUUGACUGUGCUUCGGCUUCUCUG